CAUCAGCUGCUGUUCUAUCUUCUCUGUGUCGCGGGAUUUUACACAACGUGCCGGCGGUUCAGUGCUCCAACCAAAGUCGGUAAAGUUCUGAGCCUAGGACUUGACUGGCGGUUAAUGAUCCCUGGCAUUCGUUUGUCUGUUGCAACCCCACAUCAUAGAACAUCUCUAAAUUAUCAUCCGUCUGAUUCAGAGGCUUCUGUUUGUGAAGUCUCCAACUGUUUGAGGAGAUCCAAGCACGUCUCCCUGCUGAAUCAGCUCAUGCCUCCAGCGUUUGGACGCUGCAGAUCUCUGCACAAUUCAGUGUGUCAGCAAACAUGAGUGAACUCAGCUGACGUGUUUUCACCUGCCAGGUCUCGUUGGGUGCUCCCUGCUGUCUCCUCACGCAUGGAAAUAAAUGAUCAGGCCUGAAUUCCUGAUUCCUACUGGUGUUAAGAUAGGUUUCUCCAGAUCAGAGCUGGGCGGGCUCCUCAAGUAUGUCCGGCCCUUCCUCAACUCCAUCUCCAAGGCCAAGGCCGCCCGGCUGGUCCGCUCCCUGCUGGACUUGUUCCUGGACAUGGAGGCAGCCACGGGCCAGGAGGUGGAGCUCUGCCUGGAGUGCAUCGAGUGGGCCAAAGCUGAGAAGAGGACUUUCCUCAGACAGGCACUGGAGGCUCGUCUCAUCUCCCUGUAUUUCGACACAAAGUGCUACCAGGAGGCGCUUCAGCUCGAAUCUCAGCUGCUGCAGGAGCUGAAGAAAAUGGACGACAAGGCUCUUUUGGUGGAGGUCCAGCUGCUGGAGAGUAAGACCUACCACGCCCUCAGUAACUUGCCCAAGGCCCGCGCUGCCCUCACGUCAGCACGGACGACCGCCAAUGCCAUCUACUGUCCCCCCAAACUACAAGCAGCUUUAGACAUGCAGUCAGGGAUCAUCCACGCAGCCGAGGAGAAAGAUUGGAAGACGGCGUACUCCUACUUCUACGAGGCCUUCGACGGGUACGACAGCAUCGACAGCCCGCGGGCCAUCACGGCACUGAAGUACAUGCUGCUCUGCAAAAUCAUGCUGAACCUACCGGAGGACGUCCAGGCGACGAGCGGCAGCGGCAAGCUGGCCCUGCGGUACGCUGGCAGGCAGACAGACUCGCUGAAGUGUGUCGCACUCGCCAGUAAGAAUCGCUCGCUGGCAGACUUUGAAAAGGCGCUGACGGAAUACAAAGCAGAGCUGCGGGACGACCCCAUCAUCAACACACAUCUCAACAAGCUGUAUGACAACCUGCUGGAGCAGAACCUCAUCAGGGUCAUCGAGCCCUUCUCCAGAGUCCAGAUAGCACACAUCUCCUCCCUCAUCAAGCUCUCCAAGGGUGACGUGGAGAGGAAGCUGUCCCAGAUGAUCCUGGACGAGAAGUUUCACGGCAUCCUGGACCAAGGCGAGGGCGUCCUGAUCGUCUUCGAUGAGCCAGUGGUGGACAAAACGUAUGAGGCGGCGCUGGAGACCAUCCAGAACAUGAGCAAAGUGGUGGACUCUCUGUACAACAAGGCCAAGAAGCUCUCAUAAGAUCCCAAACCUGCUGGUCCAGCCGUCCAGAAUUACUUGGGCCGGUCCACUUCAGUCUCACCACAACCCAGGAGGGACGAGGGCGGAGGACGUUCCACUCGGCCGCCCAGCAAGGAAAGACACCCUCAAACCCACAAGACAGACCCUCCGCUGCCCCCCUCCCUCUCCCAUCUCCUCCCCGUGAGCUCAGCUGGGCUCACUCAGUGCUCCCCCUUGUGGACCAAUCUAAGCACUGCGCCAAGCUCCUCCCUCCAUCCCCUGCAGCGCUGGCCAUCAGGGAAUCUUGUAAAAUAAUGAAACGGUAUUCUGAUGUUCAUGAAAUCUUUUAGGGUAAGUACAAAAAAAUGACUGAACGGGAACAAGAUAUUUUUCGAAACACUACUCCGUCACCCUCAUGGCAUUCUGGGAUUUGUGGACAGGGAAGCCACACGGGACCACGAGAGGGUGACGACCCCAAUCUCCCCUUCCACCACCCCCCACCUACCACACACUUCCUGUUUGUAUAUAACUAUUCCGACGCCUCUGAUGUAUUUCCCCCUUUUAUAUACUAACGCUUAAGAAGUGGACUGCGACAGCUCGUCAGUCAGUUGCUUUCACCGCUGUCCAGCGGCGCCAGAACUCUCACGUGUGUUUGCGCUGGAGAAAGCGAAGCUGUACAUCAUUUUUGCAGGAACUCUGGGGAAACAACAAAUGUGACAGAGCAAGGCAACACUAAUAAAAAAACAAUAAACCUGCCACUGCUGUGAUUAUUAGUCUGGAGCGUUGGUACCACUCUGGUACUGAACGCUUCAGUACCUCACCUGUGUUGAUGCUGUUUGUUGUGCAGUAGUUCAGUACACUGUUAAUAAUAUAAAUAUUUGUGUAUUAGAUGGUCAACAAAGUUUGGUACACGCUGCUCUCACCCUAUUUUCAUUUAUUUAGGGACGU